GCCCCGCCGAGUGCCAAUUUAAUAUAAUAUUUACGCAUAGACGUGCUUUUGAUCCGUCUGGUUUAAAAAGCGCUCCUUAGCACCGUGUCAGAAUAUUAAUUCUCAUCAGGGAGGGUGGGAAAAAAAAAAUCUCAACCCGCGCUGUGCGUCCGUAAUGCUGCGACUGGCAACAUAACUGCCUUAUUUACAUUAAACACGCCGCAAGGUUACAGUGCAGCGGAGCGCCGCGCUUUAUCACUCCGGACUUCUCUGACUGAUGCUCGCCUUUCCGCUCCUUUACUCUCCCCUGGACUUUUUCUUUUGGACUUGGGACACUUCUCCAGAAAGGCUCGACAUUUGGGAAACCUCCUCUGACGACCUUCUACAUCUCUUGCUAUCUCACAGAGUAAAGACAUCCCUCUGGUCAUCACAAAGUGCUGCACACACUCGGUGGCGUGGGGGGAGCCACGGUGUCUUCAUCCUGAAAGGCCCCAGACCAGUAUGCAGUUAGAGUGAUCAGGAUGGAAGACUCUAGUUUGUGCCUUGGUGUGUCCUCAGCGGUCCCAGAUGCUGACACCCAUAUCACCAGUGCCAUGCUUAAUGGCCGCUACCCAAUCAGUCAGAAGCUGCAUCAGCUGACUGCCCAACUUGGCCACGCCUUUCCUGACCUUCCAAGUCGCCAACAAAUCCCAGAGGAAAAAGCCGCCACCCCACUGGAUGAAAAAACACAUGCUGCACUGGCAAGUCAGCCAAUUAGCAGCCAGAUGGCUCUGCUAGCCAAUCAACUCAACCGUAACAUGGAUGCAGGUGCCCUAGGUGGUCUCAAUGGCCGUGUUGACCUGCAGCAAUUCCUCAAUGGGCAGAAUUUGGGAAUCAUGUCUCAGAUGAAUGAUAUAGAAGAUGAUGCCCGCAAGAAUCGCAAGUAUCCAUGCCCACUAUGUGGAAAACGAUUCCGCUUCAACAGCAUCCUUUCCCUGCAUAUGCGCACCCACACUGGUGAGAAGCCCUUCAAGUGUCCCUACUGUGAUCACCGAGCAGCCCAGAAGGGCAACCUCAAGAUUCACCUCCGUACCCACAAGUUGGGUAGUCUGGGGAAGGGUCGUGGUCGUGUACGUGAAGAAAACCGACUUCUUCAUGAGCUUGAAGAGCGUGCCAUCCUUCGUGAUAAGCAAAUGAGAAACAGCUUGCUGCAGCCUUCACAAUCGCUUCCACCCCACCUGGGUCUGCAGAACCAAAACCAGCAACAGCCUGGCUCUGCAUGUGGCCUCUUAACACCUACAAGUCUGGGAGGCACAUCGGAUGGGCUUGCUCAACCCUCUGCCUCACCUAAGCCAGCAGGCACUAACCAACAAGAUGAGCAGGCACUUAACCCAGCCAUAGGCUUCCGUUGUACCUUUUGCAAAGGCAAGUUUAAAAAGCGUGAGGAGCUGGAGCGUCAUAUCCGCAUCCUUCAUAAACCCUACAAGUGCACUCUCUGUGAGUUUGCUGCUUCCCAGGAAGAAGACCUCAUCAGCCAUGUGGAGAAGGCACACAUCACUGCUGAGUCAUGCCAAGGGCAGGGUACAGGAGCUGGCAGUGGAGAAAAGCCUGCCAGUGAGUUUCGAUGUGAUGUCUGUGGCCAGAUCUUCAGCCAGGCUUGGUUCCUGAAGGGUCAUAUGCGCAAGCACAAGGACUCCUUUGAGCACUGUUGUCAGAUCUGUGGACGUCGCUUCAAGGAGCCUUGGUUUCUAAAAAAUCAUAUGAAGGUGCACCUCAACAAGCUUGCCAUUAAGAGUAAGCCUCCGAUUGGAGGUGGAGCUGAGCAAGAUGGGCCCUCUGUCAACAGUAUAAGCAGCUUAGCACAAGAAGCCCAUGCCAACCUGUACUCGCGUUACAUCUCCUGUCUUCAAGGUGGUUUCCUCAGUCCUGAAAAGCAGAGCCUGGCUGAACAACAACACCAAAUGUUGGCCAAGGCUGGCAUAGCUAUGAAAGAGAAAGAAAUGCUGGGAAAGCUGCUGGGACCAAUGGCCGGCAUGAGUCAUGGUCUGGGGGAGAAUGAGAAGCGCUCACUGUUAGGUUGCUUGAACCUGGUGCCUCCUCUAAAGUCAAGUUGUAUGGAGCGCUUACAGGCAGCAGCAAAGGUGGCAGAAAUGGAUCCGCUUAAUAGUUAUCAGGCUUGGCAGAUCAUGGCACGCAGCAUGGCUAUGGAGCGUUCUUUCAUGCCAAAAGAUCAGCACCAUGGAGCCCAUGUGCAAGAGGAAGAAAUGGCUAGUGCUGCUGGGAUAGUGUCCUUUGGGAAAGACAAGCAUGAGCACUCUACUCUUGAUUCCAGUGAUGGCCCCAAGCAGAAGAACCACCCUGAUACUCUCCAUGGGGUAAGGACUGGUGGAAGCAUAAUGUCCAUGAAAGAAGAAGCUGGGAGCUUUGAUGGUCACCGUGAGUUCCUGCCUCACCAUGGUGGUCUGGGCCUUGGCCAGGGGCUUGAGUACAGCUUGGCCAGCAUGAAAGAGAAGCCCACUGAGUGCCCUGACUGUGGUAGAGUAUUUAGAACCUACCACCAGAUGGUGGUCCACUCUCGGGUGCAUAGCAAGGACCGGCGCCCUGAAGAGGGUCUGCAGCAUGGCCUAGAUGAGAGGCGUGGCUCCGCCAGUGACCCUGAAUCCCAGUCCAUCAGCCGGUCCACCACCCCAGGCUCAUCCAAUGUGACAGAGGAGAGUGGGGCCGGAGGAGGCCACUCCCAGACAGGAAGUGUGCAGGAUGACAGCCCUCAUCCUUCUUCUCCUUCCUCAGAUGUUGGGGAUGAGAUGGCGAAGGCACCAGGAGCAGUUCCUCCUCCUGCCACCCAGCACCGAGAGAGGAGUGUGGGAUCCGCCAUGAAAGACUGCCCCUACUGUGGCAAGUCCUUCCGUACCUCCCAUCACCUCAAAGUCCACCUGAGAAUACAUACGGGUGAGAAGCCCUAUAGAUGCCCUCAUUGUGACUAUGCUGGCACUCAGUCUGCUUCCCUGAAGUACCACCUUGAGCGUCACCACCGUGAACGUCAAAAUGGCAAUGCCUCCUCUGCCCACCACCCUCCGUCCUCCGAUCACAAAGAUGACCACAGCAAGACCAACAGUGGCAGCGGCAUUUUUGCACGGCCUGAUGUUCUGCGUGGGGUCUUCAAAGGGAUGAUGCCCUCCAGCCUUGAUUUUAGAGGAGGCCAGAUGCUUACACAGUGGGCCACUCCUGCUAUGCUCUCUCCCAGAGAGAGAGAUCGUGAGAGAGAGCGAGACCGCCAUGGACUAGGGGCAGAGCCCAGCUCUGAGAGCAUGAAGACCCCAGAAGUUCCAGCCACUGGAGGGGAAAGCCCAGCCAGUUUUUCAGACCUGGGACGGGCAUACCAGAGUAUGAUGGGGAAUGGAGUCAACUUUCAGGGCUCUCUUCAGGCCUUCAUGGAUAGUUUUGUGCCGAAUUCCGUGAAGAAAGAGAAAGAAAUACGAGAGAAUCAGCUACACGGUCAGCACUUUGGCCUGGAGGGCACAGAACACAAGAUCAAGAGGGCCAGUGAUGCCAGUCAGGAGGAGAACCCUUCUGAGACCAAGCCAACUGAGGGCAUUCGCUCCCAGUAUGAGCCUCUGGACCUGUCAGUCAGGCCUGACGCAGGAACCCUACCUGGGGCAUCUAUCACCAUCCAGGACAAUGUAGCCUGGCAUGGGUGUCUGUUCUGUUCCUUUACCACUGCCUCUGUAGAGUUGAUGGCUCUUCAUCUCCAAGCCAACCACAUGAGUAAAACCAAAUCAGGCCAAGGCAAAGAAGUUAAAGAACACCUGUUGGGUGAAUCUUCCCACACUGGCAACUCUGGUCUGGCACCUCCUCCAGGCCUUCUUCACCUGCAUGAGGGCCUUAAAGAGCGAGAGGCUGAAUCUGGAGACUUGAAGAACCAAAUUGGUUGGUCCAACCACCUGGAGCCGAACCCACAUGCUGCCUCCAUGGGAACAUUUUCAAGCGACUUUUACAAGCCCUUUAGUCCCAUGUAUGAUGGUUCCUCCAGGGGUCCUGUUGGAUUCUUGGACCAGCAAGAAAAUCAGGCCAGUCAAGUUGGUGGUCAGGAUGAGCUCUCUGACAAGGCAUCUUGUGUUGAAAUGGAGGCAUGUGAGGAGCGGGAAGGUCAGUCAGAAGAUGAUGAAGCAGGUCAUGAAGAACAGUCAUCCAAUCCUCCUUCUGCGGAGCACCAGGUGCACUCUGAUGAUGAAGAGCCAGAAGCAGAGGAGGAAGAAGAUAUGGAGGUGAGAGACAUGGAAGAUGAAGACCAUGGGACCAUUAGAAUGCAUCCUGACUCCCCCUUGUCUAGGAAGGAUGCUCAGAGAGCAAAGAUGCCCAGGGGUGUACAGGGACGUGGUCUAUCUCCACCCCAGCCACCCACCAUAGAGAAGCAGUGGCAGCAGCAUCAGCAGCCGGGUCUGAGUCUCAUUUCUCCACCCAAUGGUCCCCCAGGCCUGCUGAAGCCUGAGCAGGCUCACCUGGAGCACCAAAUGAACAUGCUGUCAGUCCUCCGGGCCUACAGUUCUGAGAGCCUUGCAGCAUUCAAUGGAGGCCUAUCCAGCAGCUCCAAUGGAGGAGGUGGUGGAAGCAGCUCCAGCAUGAAGAGAACCGACCCCUCUGCACUAGCAGAUAUCAAAGUUGUUCUGUCUGUUAAGACUUCAAACCGCCGGCCUCAUCCGUCAGCCCCAAUCAUAUCGGCACCCCCUCAACGGAAGGCACUCUCUCCGGCUGGAGUGGAAUAUUUGAUCUGUCCUCUUCAGGAGGAUCAACAGACAGAAAGCAGUGGGCAGAGAGACGUAGAGUUGGGGGGGGACACUUGGGGGGGCGAGUGAGCAUGAAAACACUCAGCUCUGCUUCAAUCGCUCCACAAAAGCCUGGGCGACGAAGCCAGAAAGGAAGCUCUGCUCUUCGCUCUUCAGGAACUCACACAGCAUGGGAUUCAUCAGCAUUUGACUUUACACCCUCUGUGGUUAUGAGAGCAGAUACUGAAGUAAUAACGCCUGGAGGAAAAUCUCGGCUUCUUGGCUAUAAACAUGUAAAGCGACAGUAUUUUCUGAACGCAGCAUGUGUGGACCUGUGGGGCUUCAUUUAUUAAUAUUGCGUAGAAAAAGUUCUAAAUUUGGCCUUAAAUGUACUAUUUUGAAUCGCUGUGCGUGCAGUAAAAUCGGAUUUCAUAAAAUGUCCACACAUGCCAUGCAUGUUCUUGAAAUAAGUGCAUGACCACAAUUAACUAUACAGGAUAAGUAAAAAUAAUAUCCCAUUAAAGCCUUUCUGAUUUAUUUAUUUAUUUGUUUGUUUGUUUGUUUAUUUAUUGAUAGUGCCAUGCAUUCAUUGACAUCACUAGCUUUAUUGUAUAAAUACAAACUUAACAAAAAAAGCAAUCAUAUAGUUCAUAGGUAAUUCAAUUGAAUAUCAGACCUUUUAUUCUAUUUAAAAGUUCUCUUAAGCCAUUGUCUUCCACUUGUGGCUUUAUCAUCUGCUGCUAUGUGCUUUGCAUAUGCAUGAUCAAAUUUGUAAAUUAAUAUACACACAAUUUUAUACAAAUUGACUCUGAAAUAAGCUCACACAUUUUUGCAUGCAGAAUUGCAUUUACGCAAGUGUUUUAUUGGUGAUUCUUCUAAACAAAAUCAAAUCGCUUCACUUAUGUCAGAGAAGAAGGCCUCGAGUCUCAUGAGCAGCUUGUCGUAGUGAGUCUGCCAUCUUCCCCUAUAACAACCUCACCUUAGUGUUUUAUACUUAUCUGUCCAUCUGUUUGCUCAUCACUCUUGGCUAUUAUUAGGCCCAGACAUGUGUCACAUCGUGAGGGCUAUUACAGUAUACUUAGCUCUUAAAUCCCUCGUCUGUGAGAUCAGACUACAUAAUUACCUACCGCAUUAAGCACGCACACGCAUGCACAUGCAUACACACAUGCAUACACACACACGCACACACACACACACACACACACACACACACACACACACUCGCAAGCCAGCAUGCAGCAGCUGUGGGCAUUAGUGCAAUGCACAAAGUGCCAAGGGCAAGAUGACCCAGACCCUCUUUGAGUACAUGAGAGUGUGUGUGUGUGCAUCUUCAUGUGUGACACUGCCUAAUCCUGAAGGCCUACGUGGAUGGACUCCACACAAGUGUGUAUUUAAUGAUUCAAAAGCUGGAAUCUCAACCUCAGUUAACAGAAUUCUGAAAUACAGUCCUUUUAAAGCCAAGCGUGCCAAAGCCGUCAGCCUGCCCACAUUCUCUAUGCAUGAAGAGCAGGAUCAAGGCGCUGCCUGGCCAUGAAGCACUGCCCAAUGUCCUGGCAUGACAUGAGCGGGCGAAUACUGCAUGCCCUUCACUGUCUUCUUGUGUAGGCCAAUGAAGGCAUCAGGAAGUCAACACUAACUCUUUCAUUCUAAAUGACUCAUAUUUACAGCCGGUGGUGUGAAGGCUCAGGGUCACAUCCACACUCAUCCAUGAAGAAUUAAUAAGUACACUAUACGUUCUAGGAUUUUUGUGUGGGGUGUGUUUGUGUUUGAGACUGUACAGAAAGAAAAAGGGAAGACUUUUUGAAUAAUCAAAAGGCAGCAGGGGCCUUCUAUAGACUUAUUAUAUAAUUCAUUAUUUACUGUAUAUACAUUACCAGUCAUACAUUUGGACACACCUGCUCCUACAAGGGGUUUCUUUAUUGUUACUAUUUUUAGAAUAAUAAUGAAGACAUUAACACUAUGAAAUAACGCACAUGGAAUUGUUCAGUGACCAGGAAAAAUAUUAAACAAAUCAAAACUGUUUUAUUUUUAAAAUUAACAGUAUUCCUGAUUAAGCUUUUCAUGACCAGCUUCACCUAGGAGGCUUUUCCUAAAGUUCCCAAAUAGGCCAAGCUCCUGCUUGAUCUCAGUGAAAACUACUUAUUAAAUGUAUACAUUAACUUCAUGAUUUAGAAAUAAAUUUCAACCUUAAGCCUUUAUCAAAAUUUCUUUAAGACAGUACUAUUAUAUACUGUAUUAGAAUAUAGUUUAAUAUAGUAUAUGUUAAGACAAUUUUUAAAAUAAAAAUAGACACACUUUUAUGUGAGUUGUUUUAUAAUUAUAAAUUUAUACCAUUUUUAAUUUCUCAUAUAAUAUUUGUACCUUGUGAGUCACCAGCAAGAGUGUUAUAGAAUAUUAAACAUGUCACCAUGUGAUAUAAUAUUUAUGCAUAUCCGUACAUUUCUAGAAAACUGAACAACUUUUGGAUGGAAAUAAGAUAGAAUGUUUAUGUAUAACGUGUGUUGAUUUUACUGUUUCAUAUUUGUGUGUGAGGUGAUGUGGGUUGUAAGAGUAUUUCUCUGGACCUUCCUAAAAUAAUGGAACAAUAAAAGCAAUAGAAACUUCAAUAGAAAUUUUUCAGUCUCGUGUACAGACUUGUCUUUCCAUCACUAUAUCUGUGCUGUCACUGAAUAAUCAUUUAAAUGAAGGAUGGGUGUGUAUUUCACGUUUUCGCUGUGUGUGUAUUUGUGCGCUUCUAGCGACUAUUGACACAAACAAAAACAAAGUAAUUAAAUUUCUUUUUUUGGGGGGGUUUGGUGGAUAGGAUUUGUGUUUGAAACAGAGCUCUGUACACUAAGUGACAGUGAUGGACCGCAGACAGACUGUUUAAUAAUUCACUAUUUCCUAAUCUUUUUUUUUUUUUUUUUGUAUGAGGGGGUGAUCAGAGAGUGCUCUGAUUGCACAAAAAAAUCUAUUUUGCUAACUUAACAGUGUGUACGUUUAAUCAUUAGGACUGGAUCACUAACCAAGUGAUGGAGACAUUCACAAGCACAGCCAGCGAGGAAAAAGAAAGGGAUAAAAAAAAUGAAAUCAGAGAGAAGUAAAGUGGCUCACACACAUCCCGCUCAUGCACAUCUCAUUUCAGAGCUGUUCUUAGUCUCGUCUUAUUUUGGCUAAAAUAACACUCUGAGUGCACAGCCAGCAGGAGGAAGAAGGAGAAAGUAGGCCCCGUCGUCUUCUCCAUUUCUCCUCCAGCUCGGCGACGCGAUGCGGCUAAGUGAGCCUCAACUGACCAGAAAUGAUUUGCCUCUGUCUGUUAGACACGUAAUGGAGUCGUUUAACUAGUCAAAUUAGGAGCUGCAGAGAUGCAGCAUGCUUCAUUACUGGGUUCCAAUGGGCACCAUUUUACAUUUACGUCAGGAGUGAUUUCAGGGCAAAUUAAUGUUUUUAUUGUCUCGCGCAAAUACAAAACCCCCUCAACAUGUUAAAGAGCAGCUCCCCCUUCAGGUCACUGACCAUAACUGACAGGGCCAUGAGGGGAAAUGGGACACUUGUGUGGGCCUUUACUAGCUUUUCCCCUACCUCUCUGCUUUUUAUACAUUAUUUACUUCCAGGUCUUAUAAUGUAAGUUCUUAAUCCCAUGAUAUUAAAUCACGACUGAUUCAGUUCAUCAUUUGAAUCAACUGUGAUACAAAUCUAUACAGCACAUGAACUUCCAGGACUGAGAGCCGCUGUGAAUGUGCAUGCUGUAUAUGCACAUGCAACUGAAACAUACAUGGCGUGAUGUGUGAGAGCGUGUUCUGGAGCUCGUCAGUGCAGCUCUGGGUAUGUUUGAUUACAGACAAGGCACAGGCCCACUCAGGCCUGCUCAAUUCUACUACCCAGAGGCUAGGGAGCCUGUCAUUAGGGAUAUGUGUUCCCCUGUGUGGGGGGCGACUGGUAGGAGUAACCGCAGCCUCAUUUAUACACCGCUGACUCACUGUUUAGAGUCAGCCUUGAGAAUUUGACUUUUUUUUAUUCUUUGAUCUGGUUUCAAUAUCCGCUCUUGCUUAAAACAUAACCAAUAUACAUUUUUUUUCUAACAUAUUUCCUGAUGUUUGAACAGAGUACCAUGUGUUGAGUCAGGGAUAUUUUUCAUCUGCUAUUUUCGUAUGCUGGUAUUUUGCUAAAUCUGUGUCCUAUUAGAAGGCUUUUUAUUUUAGUCUACCUCUCUACACAGAUAUUGAGACGUGUAGUAGGGCGCCUUGACUGUCACUUUGAAAGAAAGAGGAAGAGAAAGAGAGAAAGCCCCUCCUUUUCAGGUCCAUGUUGUACUUGACAUUCUGUCGAAGCGGUUUCACCCAAAUGCCGGCUGCGUUUGAUCCUCUCUUUAGGCUGCCAGGCUUUGAGCAUAGAGACGCUGUUUGCUCGGCGAUGCACAGCCCUACUGAAGCCAUGUUUCUCCUUCUGUGCAUAAAUACGUGGCUGUAUGUGUGUGUGAGUGUGAAGACUUGAGCCCAGUCUCCCAGUUCCUGCUACUGGCUGUCUGUGAUAACCUCACCGUGAACCAGACCCUCCAUCCUAACCCUUUUCACUUUUUCAUGCUGAUAUGAAGCCAACAUGUGAGACUGAACCUCAUUUAACAGCUUAUUUAUAAGCCUGGCUUAUUAACUGUAAUUCAUUUUUGAAUUAUUUUUAAGCCAUGUACAGUAUAUUGUGUUAUGUGCUUAAUAUUGAAAAAGGUGACUGCUGUAACAGUAAAAUUUAUUUUAGAGCUUUUCUCAACUUCAGCAAACCUUUUUAAAAGGUUAAGUACAUAUCAUGGGCUUUAUAAAUAAAAAAACAAAGGGGUUUUCUCUCACUUUUGUAAAGAAGACAAAAACACAGGAGUCAAACAGUUGUCCAUCCAUCUCCAUUCUCUCGUCUUUGUCCCCUCCUCUUUUCUCUUUUUUAUUCCUGCUGUUCGCUAUUUAUUUAUCGAUCAUCAGGCUGCCUGGUUAUCUUUGCAUGCCGGGCAGUUAUAGAUGAAUGCACAAAGCCCUUCCAUCUGAACAAGAGAUCAUUGUGUAUGACGGAUCCUCCCACGUUCAUUGGCAGAAGGGGGAGGUGAAUGUGGGGAUUCAGACAAACUCUGCCAUUUCCUGUCAUCCCUAAGCUCAGGCCUUCAAGUAGAUAUGAAAACAAAUGUGGGAGUGUUACCGAUAACAUAAAAAUAUUAGCCCGCUCCUGUUGUUGACCACGCUAGUACCUUGGAGAAUAGCUAUUACUGUGAGAGGAAGGCAGCAUGAUCGAGUGGGUUUGACUCCAGAGAAAAUGAUGCUGGGAAAUAGAGAACGGAGUUAAGGCUGUAUGAGGCAUCAAACCGCAUCACUGGGCCUUGGCUUUACUCUCUAAGUUUAUGAAACGUAACGAGUAAUUGUUUUAGCCCAGAUGUUCUGCCAAUUUGACAUUUUUACUAAAUGUGGAUUGAAGUGAUUUCACAAUUUCUCUAAUUUCUCUCAUCUUCUAUUUAAAUGAAAUCAUCUUGGCCUGAGCAUCAUAAGGUGAAAUAACCAUGGUGAUAAAUGUGUUGCAAAUAUGAAACAAUAAAGUUGGUCUUACUUUGUCACAUGAUCUCUGUCUUUUAUUUGCGCUCACACUUGUGCCCGCAUACACUUUAUGAGGAUUGCUGAAAAAGGGUUCGAGGGUUCUUAGCUUAAAAAGGAUGUUCUGAUUGGAAACCUCUGUGUUGCAGGCUUGGUUAUAGAAUGUUUAUGACUUCUUCUUCUCUUAUAGUGCAGAUCAGACUGCAUUUCUAAGAGUGUAGGAAGUGUCAUUUGAAUGUCUAUUUCUAUGUGUAUUGUUAGAUGAAAAUAAAUUUGAAUUCAAAUCCACAAUUUAAACCUAUUUUAAAUAUUUUAAAAUCAGUAUUGAGGGUCUUCAGUGCAAAACAAAAAACUAAUCCUAAAGGGGAGGGCUGUACUUGAAAUUCUAUAUAGAAAGUUUAAAGGACAGCCCAAAGAAUUCUUUAAGGGUUUUAGAUCAUAUCAAUAUUUAGUUACAGCUGCGCUUGUGUUUACAUUACUUUUCUUACAUUAAAAAUUCUAGUAUUGUUUUGUAUCACAAAUAUGCUCUACGUUUUGUACAUUUUGCGAUUAAAUAUAAGUACAAAAAGCUAAUAAAAAAUAUCAUAUUCUUCACAGUUUCCAUUAUCACACACAUUUACAUACAUAUGUGACACACAUAUGGUGGUAUGAAUUGAUACAGGAUACUACAUGUCUUUUUAAAGGAUCUUGUAUUUAAGCAUGGCUCUAGCUUAGGCAGGGAUUUGUGUAGGUUCCCCAGUGUGUAGCGGUGUUAAGGUGCGGUCCCUGACAGAUUGCGUGACAGAGUUAGCGACGUCAGUGGCUAGGGUUACGGCCUGGACACGCCGUCACUUCCAGAAGGUUCACCGUGGGGCUCCGACGGCACUGAGAAUGCUGGGAUAGCUUUCCAGGGUUCCAGCAGACCUCUGAGAUCAAACGGAGCAGCGGGCGUGUGCGUGUAUGUGUGUGUGUGCGAGAGAGAAUAGAAAAAAGAGAGAAAGAACAACAACAUUUCGGUGACAGGCUUGUAGAUUGACAUCUUGGGUUUUCCUCUGUUGUUCAUUUUAGGGGAUCUCGCGAUCCGGCUUUCUAAAAUCAUUCAUAAUUACUCUUAAGAAGGUAAUAGUGUCAAAUGAGCGCCCAGAGGAACAAAGGAUCUUUAUAAGAUUUGGCUGUCAGCGUGUGUGUAUGUGUGUGUGUGUGUGUGUGUUUGUUCACUGAUGUUCAAUCAUCUCUUUCAGCAGGAUGAAUUGCAAACAGUAGACAGAGAGGGGAAAUAAAGAAAAUAAUGUGUGGGAAGGUUUCAUUUUCAGCCAUCAGAAAAUCUCUCACACUAUUUAGGUCAUCUGUAAUGUGGAUGUGAAUUUUGGGUUCACACUCAUUGCGUAGACACACAUACACACACACACACACACACACACACACACGCACUCUUUCUUGUUGGAGAGUAGAGAUACUCUUAUUGGAAAAUCUUUCAAUAAAUCAAUGUGACUUUAAACACAUUUCCCCGGCGACACCGCUGACCUGAUAAGAACUCCGCUAAUCUCUUUUGAGGCUGUCAGAGUGCUUUGAACAAAAUCUAGUUCGCAUCUAUCAGCAAGGUUAUUUGUCAAUGACUUAUAAUCCCAGGUAAAUUUCACUGGUUUUAUAUUAGACUCCGCUAAUGGUUCUCAUGUCUGAAGUUUCUCAGGCUUGGGAAAAAGCAGGAGAUUGAAGUGGAAAAAAAAAAAAAAAAAAAGAAUGUUAUGGAUUUGCUUGUCUGAAAUGCUGGGAGCCGAGACAAGAGAUGAAGCAAUAUAAAACUGGGGUAGUUUCAAAAUCUAAAUGUAGGUAAUAAUCUACAAAAAACAGAAGCAUGAUUUAUUAUUAUUAUUAUUAUUAUUAUUAUUAUUAUUAUUAUUCACACAGAGCUAGUCUUUUAGAAGACUAAUGAAGAUACUGUUUUUAUUCCCUGUUCAAUUAAUUGUUGGUAAUUAGCCAUUUUUUUCCACUGGAGUGUAGUGACUCUCUUUGUGCCCCUUGUCUCAUCUCUGUGUACAAAAAAAAAAAAAAAAAAAAAAAAUGUCGCACUGCUCUGGAAAACACUCACGGUUCGUGUCUCUCAACCAAGGGCACAAUGUGGGCCAAGACAGAGAGCAAUCAGCAACCAGACCAAGCCUUCUGGGUAAUUUAUGAAGCCUCAAUUAGAGGAGCACACAAAGUAAUGAUUCUCAAAAAAAAAAAAAAAGGAACAACGUUGGCCAUCUCAUGCCAUAUUCCACUCCAUCCGUGCUUAUUAGGACCGUGUCCCAAAUGAACUGCGUCCCAAACACUCAUAAACAGCGCUCUGAGAUAAAUUAUUAAUAAAACGCAUUUGAGAUAAUAACUUCGAUUUGACAACUGGUUCUGGUUGAUACUGGGCUUGAAAAGUUGAUGAAACAGCUGAUACUCAUAAAGCUGUUGCAUUUAAUGAGCUUCACUUUUUGGGAAUUUGAAAUGAAACGUGUGUUUUGUGUUUGCAUGGGAAAAAUUGGUCAUAUCCGUCAUCUCUUCACAGAGGAUGGUCAUAGUCAGAGAGGUUUGAUCUUGCACUGUUUAUGCUUAUGUCAAACCAAAAGAGUCAUAGCCCUAAGUGCUUAUGCUGACGCGUAAAUAGUUUGACGUUUCAUAUUCUAACAAUGUCUUACCUCUCGCUGCGUGAAUACAAAAAAAGUAAACAGGUUCCAUGGGUGAUGGGAUAUAAAUCUCUUCGCUCUCUUUUAAGUUUGCACUUUUCAUUUCCUUGCUUUUUUUUCCCUUUGAAUCCAGAUGUUUAUUCUGUUUCUAGAAAUCGCAGGCCUCCUUUGUUGUGCUUUUUCUUCUGGUGUUGUUUGUGCAGACAUGUGUUGGUGAGCCCACGAGUGCAUAAGCGUGCUAACUGCUUACAAGAGGCACACGUGGACUAUUAAAUAAAACCCUGCCACAUUCUGCGCACUUCAUAUGCUCGCAUGUAGGUGUGUGUGGAGACACAAAGCUCUCCCUGUAUCUAGCCGAGUGCAUAUUUUCACCACUGAGUAAUGGUUGAUACAAUUCCAUAUGUAUUUGCUCUCCCACUUUGAGCCUGUAAAUUACACCGGACAUGAGAGGGGGGGGGUGGGGGGUUGUGUCACUGUGAAAGCUAGCUUUAAAUGUCCUGUAUGGGUCUGUGGAUUAGGACAGGCCCAGAAUUCAGCAAACAAGGAUGAAGAAUCAAGUCUAACGCCAAGCUGAUUAUUUAUUUGAUUAUCGGCACACUGUGCAAUCAUUAUCCUUCAUAUCAGUGAUGCUCAACUGGAAAAUCAAUAUUUUCCUACACUGUCAUGCUCUUUGGCAGACCUCUCACCAUAUAAAGCUGAGACUGACCAUAUAAAAUCCAUAUAUAAGAGAUAAUAUGUCCAUGUCAGGCUUUAGCUCUGCUUUAAGAAGAGUAUCAUUUCCCCCCAGUGAGCAGAUGUAUGGUAAACCUAUCUGUGUGCCUGGAAAGCACCAUACAGAUGUUUGCGUUAGAGAAGAAAAAAUUCCGGUCAAUUAAAACCGACCCCCUAAAUCAGUUGCUCUGACCUUAUCCAGAGAUCAGGAAUCUGCUUUCGCCAUUCCAGCAAUCAACACGGCCACCCAUCUCCUCCUGAAGCUCAGGAGAUCUGCAAAUCUUCUUGCUCUAACCUUAAAUCACUCCCUCUUUAAGUUCUCCUGUAGCAUUGCGGCAUGCACUCACCCUUUGGCUCCUCUCUGGAAACAUCUGUGAGCUGGGCAUGCAGGGGGGAGCCUGUUUUUUGGCUUCCUCUCCUGGCACAUAUGUGUAAAAAAAUCUAAACGUAAAUAAGAAAUUGGGGGUGUUCAUAAAUAGUGGUGUCUUAAUUGAGACCCAGUAAGAGUAAGUAGCAGAUGUUGAAGCAGGAAAUGUUGAAUCAUCAGAGAGCAGCAGGGGAACAGGCAAAAAUUGCAUUUAAAGAAACUCAGCCAAGUACUUGUGAUUUUCCAUCACGGCGGCCUGCGCUGACGUCGACAGUCGUUUGGUAUGGCUCUGAGUGUGACAACGUGAAAUGAAGGUUUUACAGGUAAGCACCAACAGGCAUACAAACACUUCUCAAUAAAAGUAUUUAAGAGCCGCCAGGGAAACUGCGAUCUCUACACAAGACAUGUCACUCACUCACUCUCAAAUCUGUCCAAAUUUUUUUUUAAAAAAGCGACAAAGCUUCUUUUUUUUCCUUCACAGACUGUCAGAGUGUCAAAGCAAAAGUCUACAAAGGCCAACCUACUUUUUUGACAUUUAAACAUCUCUCGCUAUAGACGUUUUUUCUCUGUUGCUCCUGUAACAUGUGAUCUUAGGGGAGUUGUGUAGUAGCUGCUCUCCUGUGCAGGGCCGCUCUGCUCCGCUCUCAUGAUUCCUCCCUCCUGGAAAUGAAGAGCACGGAUAUCAGGUUGCCUGUGAUAGCUGCUGUGUUCGUGCUAGUGGGGGACCUGAGAGAAGGUGGCACUGACAGGUCCCACCGUGCAGGAUAAAAGGCACUCCUCCAUUCCCUCUCUCUCUGUCUGUCUCGCUGUGUAUCAGUGCAGUGAGUGACGUUGUCACUCUAAGGGGAGCUCGCUGACUCCAGAGCAGGUGGAUGCCGUACAGAGCUAGUGUGUGAGAGCUGCAUGGAGUGUGAUGCUCCUGCAAAUAUUAUCAGCACUAACUCCUGGGACUUCGAGUUUCCUAGAUUAGAGCUCCCAAUUAACACAAUAUAUACUAGAGAGAGAGGUCUACUGAACAUGCCCUUUGUUACUAUGGGAACAUGUCUGACACAGACUGUCCAUGACAUUUUAUUUAUUUAUGAUAUUUUUAAUGCUUGCAUUUGUGCUUUGCUUUUCAUUCAUGCUCACUACAGAUGUAACAGGUUGUUUUUUGUUUAUGUUUUCCACCAAAUACAGAACGCACUUUUUUUUUUCCCUAAAGUAUGACACAUUAUUACCCUCACAGCCAUCUGCGUGUGUUUGUGUGUGUGUGUGUGAGAGAGAGAGUGUGUGUAUGUGUGUGUGUAUGUGUGUGUUUGGCCUAUUUAAGCAGAGCCCAGCUCACCCCAUGUCAAGCCCUGCAAAACAGCAUGAUUCAUACUCAAAUGAGUCCUGAUGAAAAAAAGUGACCUCAUCCCUUCCUGUUGUCAAACAAAAGGUUCUUUAAAAAAAAGGCGAGAGGUGAUAGGCGGACAUGAGAAGAAGAAUCUGGAGCACUGUACGGACCAAAUCUCAUCAGAGUGAAAUCUAAAGCGCCGGCGUUUAAGAAAAACAGACAAUAGCAACUUUUACCAGCAACCCGCUUUGACCUUGUUAGCAGUGGGACACUCUGAUAAUCUGCGCUUAAUGAUUUUUCUCCUCCCUCACUCACUCACUCUUUUUUUUCUUUUACAUUAGGCCACAGAGUGUCACAGUCAUUUAAGACGUGGCCUCUUUUCCCCCCCUCCGCACAUUCCGACGCCAUUAUGUUACAUUGUUGCAGAAUAAAGCCUGGUAUUAUGUUCCCUCGGUAAAGGGCACAAGUGGACUGAGUUUUUAUCUGCUGAACGAAUCAAUCAGGAUUAUGUCAGUUGAAAAGAAUCACAGACAGCAGUCGCCAGCAGACCAAGAGGCCUGUGUGUGAGUGUGUGAGAGUGAGAGAGAGAAAAGGAAAGAGAAGCCCUGCAUUUAUGUGUGCGAUAUGUAUUUGUCGUCCAGGACUAUGGUGUGUUGACGGAAGUGUACGGAGUUAGAAAGAUCCGUUUUAUUUUACUCCAUUCUCUCUUGCUGGGAGGAUUCUGAGGAUGGUAAUUAUCAUUUCAGUAGAAAUUAUUAGGAGAUAAAAUGGAGAUCGAGUGCCAUUUCCUUCCAUUAAUGUCGGGGGUUUAGAGCAUCUGUCAUGCACUGGUCAUCACCAGGCCUGUGGGAAAUACAGAGUGAAGAGAGCAGGGUGGAGCUUGGGAUUUGGGCUAACCCCAUGUCAGACAAGAGAAAGACAAAGAGGAAGACAUAGAGAAAGAGAGAAAUGUCAUGACUUUUGAAGACACUUCAUCAAAACUCCUCAGAAAUAAUAGAAAUUGAUAAAUAGAAAAUUGACGAGUGAAUCUGCCUCGACAUCUGUAUUGAACCCACCCAGUAAGCGUUAUAUGCUUGAGCUAAACCACAAGACAUGCAAUUUUCCCGUGAAAUCAUCCAUCACUCGUCUUUUAGCCUCACGUGUCAGGGUUAAAGUCAUGACCCCUUAGGUCGGCUCAACCCCAUGUGAAACUUCCCAACACCAUUAAAGUCAGAGAUCUUCUCAAAGAUCCAAGGUACUUAAAAACCCUAUCAUUAUCCAUUAUGCUAUCAUAAUCUAUCAUUUCAGCACAUUAUUUAUAACACAGAUAUUUGUGUUAUAAUAGCACAGUUCUGAGAUGAGCUACCCUCUGCUCCUCUACUUCCCCUGAACUGUAAAGAGCAAAAAAACCCUCCAAAUGCUGCAAUGCCAUUUGUAUUGUAUUUAUGUGUGGCAAAAAAAGGUAAUAGAUCAAGCACAUUCCAUUAUUCCCUUAUAAGAUCAUUAGCAAAUAUAAUUAGAUAUGAAAGAAAGUAAUUUGGGCGAGAGAGGGGAGAAAGCGCUAUCAGGCACAGAAGACAGAUAGCAGCGUCAGUGUUUGGGCUUAAAUUGCUCUGUGGAGGUAUUAUCAGGAUGACGAUCUCUGCCCCAGAAAUGGAGUCAGAGGAAAAGUCAGACGCAUCCGGACUCGUUUUUUUUUCUCCUUUAUUUCGUUUUUCUCUGUAGGCCACAUCAACCUGCCAGCCACAGCUCCAACACACACUAUUUCACCCAAGUUUCACUCAAGUGUGGUUUAGUGACAGGAACUGGAGGUGUUUGGGAUCUAGGUGUGAUCUAUGUGUUAUCCACCAAGAUCUUUGGACGUGAUUUAAGUGUUGAAUUGCCAACUGGAAUGGAGAAUAAAAUAAAUUGUUUCACAUUAUAUUUCUAUUUUGUUUUCUCCAAUCCUGAUUCUUUAUACCUUUCAUAAGUUUAUCUUAUUUUUCUUUAUUUUCAUCAUAUAUCCUCACGUUUUGUUAUAUUGUAUGGUGCGCUAAACCUGUCAUCUGCUGUGGCUUAUGGUUGUGCUGGAUCAGGAGAAUAACAAACGUGCUAUUUGUUUUACCUGUGUGCAUUUCCUUUACAAAAACGAUGCACAAAUCCCUCAGUUAAAGCAGCAAGCAGAAGCCCUUUUUUAAGUGCCACAUGUAUGGGUUUUGUCUGUUCCUUUUGUGUUGUUCGGAACUGCAGCAUGCUUAUCUGAGGGCAAUCUCAACCCACACAACCGCCGAGGCACAACAGUGCUGUUUCCCUCCAGAAACACUGGAUUUCUUUGACGCUGCGAGGGAGGGGUGGUGGUGGCGCAGGCUGAUCCCUCUACUCUUUGUGAAUCACUGCAAAUGGUAUUCAUAAACAUCCUGUGUUCAUUAAAACCUUCUAAAAAUAUGAUUUGGGUGCACUUCCUAGUGCUCAGCUUGCUCUUCUGUGUAUGUGUGUUUGUGUGUGUGUGUGUGUGUGUGUGUGCGCGCACACUCGUAUUUACAUAUUUAUAAAUAAUGGUCUGUACAAUGAGGUGUACCUUUGCCAAAAACAACACUUUUCCAACAGUGCCGGAUGCCUGCGAGAGAACAAAGACGCCCUUCGUUACCGUAUGUGUGGUGUGUGUUCAAUAUGGGCAGUGUGUGUUCAGUGUUUAGUAGGAGACUUAAAACUAAAUCUAGUCCUCAUUUGGAUGGGACAGGAAGCUUUCGAAUGAAGACUAGUCAAAUAUAUAUUCAAAUUAAUACGAAUCAAAGUAUUUGAUCCCUACAAAUAACAGUGAUCAUAUACAACCAUUAAUAAUAUACAGUUGUGUAUAAAGAAGCCAUAUUAUGUUAUUAGGAGUUCCAACUAUAUUACUACAGAACUGUGUUUAGUAGCAGACUGUUUGGUGUAUCUUGCAGCACUUUGUCUCAUCAAAGAGCUACAUCACUGUUAGAAAAAAAAAAAGGUAUUGUACAGGUACAUUUUGGUUCCCAGGAGCAUGUGUCCUCGAAGAUACAACAAUCAUUCUUUAGGUCCUUAUUUUGAACCUAAAUAAUGUUCCUCUACAAUUAUAGUUCUUAAACUAAAAUUACAAGCAUUUGAAAUGCAACCCGUAACCAUUCUCAGCUCUGAGAGUGGAUUAGAGUGCAUUUUACACAUUGGACAGUCUAAUGGCAUAUAAUAAAUGUCUGUUCCAAAUUGUUUUGGUAAAGAAUAUAGAAUAAAAUAAAAUGAUGAUGAUGAUGAUGAUGAUUGUUAUUAUUAUUGUUGCUGCUGCUGUUAUUUUAUAUUUAUUUAUUUAUUUAAAUUAUAAAUUAUAAAAUAAUGUAAAACAGUAAAAUGAUUUUAGCAAAUUUGGCCUCCAUUAACUGCUUUAAAAAUUUUUAAUUUGUAUAAUAUGGAUAUAACAGUGAUUAUACAGUAUUUAACAGUAAUUAUACAUUUAAAAUAAGCUGCUGACUUUCCCAAGUUAUUAGAUGUUAGAUAUGACUUAUAAACAUGUGGCAGUGCAGUCUUAUUAAAAUAUCCAUAAAGAUCAUAUGUACCGAAUACAGUACAGUAGUGGUAUUAUAUUAUAUUAUAUUAUAUUAAUAUAUUCAUAUAAUAUAAUAUAUUCAUGUAAUGUAACUUGCUUACUUACUUCCUUUUAUAAAACUUUGAGAAGCAGAACUUUCUCAGGUGCAUGCUAAAAGUAAAUGUUCAUUAAAAAACAGCUUUAAAUCAAAACAAAAUAUGCUCACAGUUGUGACUGUGGGAUUAAAUGAUUAAAUGGGUUAAAACCCCAGUACCCUUUUUGCUUGAUGUUUGUGACUCAC